AUGUGCCCAGGGGAGGAUUCGGUCAGCUUCCCCAAUCCUCCGCCCGUCUGGACAGAGCACUUGCUCGGAGAGCAGACUGCAGCCGAGGAGGACACUGUGAGUCGACACAGGAGCCGCACCCUUGUUGUACCCUGCGUCUGUCUGUGCGGCUGGGCACCUGGACAUCGGAGGUCACCUGCUCCGCCGGGAACCCUGGGAGACAGCGUCAUGACCCUGACCUUCAUUGCUCUGCUCUCUCUCGGGCUGUGUGGGGGCCCCUGGGACCAGGUCCGGGCAGAGGCCCUCCCCAGACCCUCCCUCUGGGCUGACCCGGGCCCCGUGGUCAGCAAGGGCAGCCCUGUGACCCUCUGGUGUCAGGGGUCUCUGCGGGCUGAUGCCUACUAUCUGUAUAAAGAGAGGGGCUCUGAGCCCUGGCGUACGAGGAUCCCACAGGCCUCCACCAACAAGACCGAGUUCCGCAUUCCAUCCACGAGCUCACACGAUGCAGCGCCAUACGAGUGUGUCUACAGGGCUGGGCACACCCUGUCUGAGCGCAGCGAGCCCCUCGUCCUGGUGGUGACGGGAGAGUUCAGCUCACCGUCCCUCGAAGCCCAGCCAAGCCCGGUGGUGGCCUCAGGGGGGAACGUGUCCCUCGUGUGUAGCUCACAGUCCACAUCUGGCCCUUUCCACCUGCUGAAGGAGGGAGGGGCUGAGCCGCCCCGACACAUGGCAUCGCAAUGGAGUUACUCACCCAGGGGGUGGCAGGCCAUCUUCCCUGUGGGCCCCGUGAGCGCCUCCCACGGGGGAACCUACAGAUGCUACGUUUCUCGCAGCUCCUACCCCAAUGUGUGGUCACAUCCGAGUGACCCUCUGCGCAUCGAGGUCACAGGCCUGUACAGGUCGCCCUCCCUCCGGGCCCAGCCAGGCUCCCUGCUGCUGCCUGGGGACAGCCUGACCCUCCAGUGUCGCUCGGAGCCCGGCUUUGACAGAUUCGCUCUGACCAAGGACGAGGGGCCCACACCCCCUCAGCGUCUCGAUGGGCAGCGCAGCCCCGACUUCCCCCUGGGCCCUGUGACCCGCACCCACGGGGGCCGGUACAGGUGCUACAGUGGACACAGCCCCUCCCAUGCGUGGUCGACCCCCAGCGCCCCUCUCGACGUCCUGAUCGCGGGAGCGGACAGCAAACCCUCCCUGUCGGCCCGGCCGCCGCCCCCGGGGCCCUGGGGAGCCAACGUGACCCUGCUGUGUCGAUCGGAGACCAGGGCUGACACCUUCCACCUGCACAGGGAGGGCUCCCUGGACCCUCCCCUGCAGCUUCGUCUGCAGGACACGGCUGCCCCCUCGGAGGCCACCUUCAACAUCAGUCCUGUGACCUCGGGCCACAGUGGGACCUACAGGUGCUACAGCUCCCACAGCGCCUCCCCCUUCCUGCUCUCACAUCCCAGUGACCCCCUGGAGCUCCUGGUCCCAGACUCAACCGCCCACGACUACACAGUGGGGAACGCCGUCCGGUUGGGUGUGUCUGGCCUGAUCCUCCUGGUCCUCGGGGGGCUGCUGUUUGAGGCUUGGCACAGCCAGAGAAGACCCCGCGACGCGGCCAGGAGGCCUGCGCCGCCGUCCCCAAGAGCCACCUCUGCCCCUUCGGCGGCUGUGCUAAAGCCACCACUAGUCCGUGCCCCUCCUGUCGCCCUGCGAACGCACACAGGUGAGCGCCCUGUGCCUGCGCCACGCCCGGCUGCCACAGAUUGUUCGCGCCGGCGACCAGCUGCCCGCCACCACCGGCUGCACUCGGGGCUGAAGCGCUUCCCCUGCCCCCUCUGCUCCAAGCGCUCCGCCCGCAGCGACCACCUGUCCAAGCUCGCGCGCCGCCACCGCGGCUGCCACCGUAACUGCUCCGGAGCCCGAGGCGGAACAUCUCACCCAGCGACUCGCUGCCCGCUGCCCGCAGCCCGGCCGUAG